UCGUUGACAUUUACCGCAAGAUACAAUCUGGAAGAUAAACCAUAUAGAAGAGUGAUUUGUUUGGUUUGUUCGCGAUGCAAAUCUAAAUCCCCCGAUAAGAUAACGAAAAUCCCACUCUUGACCGCCCGCCUCGCGAUCAAUUAAUUUCAUCAAUCAAUCAAUCGCACCACCACCACCAUGCCCUCAAUUUCAACACCUAUCCGAAAUCCCCGUUAAAUCCCUGCAAUAAUGCCCCACAGCAACCGCAAGAGAAACCUCAAUCACAAUAAGCGUCUCGAAGUCACCGACUCCAGCGGCUGGACGCACGUCACCACGGGCGGAAAAAGCGCGCGUCGAGCUCUGCGUACCACCCAACAGCACCAUGACAACCCAGAACAGGGCGAACAACCCCAGAUCCUUGUCCCCGCCGAAGCGCCGGCGCAGUUGAAUUUGGAAGAUCUCCAAGCACAGUUCCGGGGCUAUCGGCAACGAUGGGAGGGGUCAGAGAGUUGGAGGGUGGUCGAGAGCGCAUUAUCGUCUGCGACGGUGAAAGUGGAUCGCAUUGUCUGUAUUGGAUUGGGAAGUCCGAGCGGGUUUCUGAAGGGUGGUUGGGUGGAUAGGAGGAAUGUAUCAAUGUACCAGCUCGCCGGGUUAGUGAGUGUUGUGGAUUUGAUGAAAAAAUCAAUCCCGAAUCUCGAAGUCUUUGCUCAGGACCCCGUUUUCAAUACCCAUGACAGAUCCCUGCUCGCUUCUCUUGACAUUACUGUUCUCGACCAUCCCCAUGGCUUCGAAAAAGUCUCCCCUAGCGCUCUCCUUUAUUGUCCUGGCGCGGAACGGACACACCUGGAACAACUGCUUUCUCACGCGCCUGCGCUGGUUUUCGGUGGUCCAUUAGAAGAUAUCGAGUCGGAGGCUGUGAAGCAGUUCGUGGUAUCAAGGAUGUCCGGGAGGAUUCCCCGGUUCGAGGACAUGGAACAUGCGUUCUGGAAUAUGAGAGUAUACACGCCUGGGGAAGGUGAGCAAUAAAUGAGAAGCCGACUUAUUGUUAACAUUCACUAAUACUACUGCCAAGAACCUCUAUCAAAGAACAUAUGGAUGCUGAAUUGAAAGUAGUAUUUGCAAAAGUCUGAAACACCCCAUCAACUUCGAGUGUUCAGAAGAUAUAUACACAGUGACACUCUUCCAUCAACCAUCCAGCUAUGCAUGUGCAACAUAGAAAGACUCAAUAGUUCACACAAAAAGAAGAUA